UUGGGCGGGAAAAAGGCGGUGGGUGGGUAGAGGCCGCGGGGGUGCGGAGCGGCUGCGGACCGAGUUCCUCGGCGUUGGCGGAGCCGUGCUUACCCGGUCAUGGGGCUGCUGGAGCUCUGUGAGCAGGUGUUCGGCACCGCCGACCUCUACCGGGUGCUGGGCGUGCGGCGUGAGGCUUCCGACGGCGAGAUCCGACGCGGCUACCACAAGGUGUCCCUGCAGGUGCACCCCGACCGCGUAGACGAGGAUCAGAAAGAGGAUGCCACCCGCCGCUUCCAGAUCUUGGGAAGAGUCUAUGCGAUUCUGAGUGACAAGGAGCAGAGAGCAGUGUACGAUGAACAGGGGACAGUGGACGAGGACUCUGGUGGCCUCAACCAGGACCGGGACUGGGAUGCGUAUUGGAGGUUACUCUUUAAAAAGAUAUCGCUAGAAGACAUUCAAGCAUUUGAAGAGACGUACAAGGGUUCUGAAGAAGAGCUAGCCGAUAUUAAGCAGGCCUAUCUGGACUUCAAGGGCGACAUGGAUCAGAUCAUGGAGUCUGUGCUUUGUGUGCAGUACACAGACGAACCCAGGCUAAGGAACAUCAUUCAACAAGCUAUUGAUGCCAAGGAGGUCCCAUCGUACAGUGCCUUCGUCAAAGAGUCUAAACAAAAGAUGAAUGCAAGGAAAAGGAGGGCUCAGGAAGAAGCUAAAGAGGCAGAGUUGACCAGAAAGGAGCUGGGGCUGCAGGAAGGAGUGGAUAACCUGAAAGCACUCAUCCAGAGCAGACAAAAGGAUCGGCAAAAGGAAAUGGACAAUUUUCUGGCUCAGAUGGAAGCAAAAUACUGCAAACCUUCCAAAGGGAAAAGGACGGCUCCCAAGAAGGAAAAGAAAUAAUAGAAUUUUUCUCCUCAUAUGUCAGUGGUGCCAUGGUAGACAAGGUGAAGGCAGGUGUUAGCCUAACCUUUGAGAGAAGUUUUUUUCUGCUUAAAAUACGUGGAUCACCUAAGCCAGACAGGAGUCAUUCCUAGAGUUCGCUGUGUGAGGGGUUCACAUGAGGGUGUAGCGGUGAUGGUGGGGAGGGUGGAUUCGACAUCUGCCUCCAUGGGUUUUCUGCCCAGGGAGCUGAUGUGCAUGCACUUAAGAAAUAUUCUACCCUGGGAGGAGAACUGAAGAUGGAAUGUAAAGUGAAAUUUCAAAAAUGUAAAAAAAGAAAUACUCUACCCACAGAGAACACCCUCAGAAUACCCGAACAGCUGUUUCCAUAAUCCUAGAUUCUCUUCCUGUUCUACUGUUACGUUUUUGUCUUCUGUCCUUGUGGGAACAGAAGUGGGUGUUCAUAUUACUGCAGAUUUUUUUUGUAAGAUUGUAUGUGGCUAAAUAAAGAAAAACUUAAAAGGU